AUGGAGGCAACUGACGCCGGUGCGCCGCAGGUUGAAAGCAAACCUGUCGCCAUAUUCAAGCGAAGGGGCGCUAAGGGCAAGGCCAACUUGAGAAAGAGACCAGCAACGCCGCCACCGGCAAACAGCGACAGCGACAGCGACUACUCGUCGUCCGACGACGAGUCUGGCCGGCGCGUGAAGCGGCGCAAGAAGGCCGCCACUAUAGUCACAGCCACGUCGAGGCACGUCGUGAGCGGCGAGAGUAACCUGGCAUCGACCGUCUUCACCGCGAAUCGGAACGCCCCCAUCACCAGCGCCAACGACGCCACCAAGCAGACCAACUGGUACGACGAAGAUGCCAAAGGCGCGCUCUCGACGAAGAACUUGCUUGGCUCCACACGAUCGCUCUCAAAGGAUGUACAGCCCGAUGGAACAUACAAGGGACUGGCGAAUCAGACUUCCUUUAUACAAAAGAACUCAGACGCACCGCAACGGACCGUAGGGCCCAUCAAGGCUCCGACCAACAUCCGGACCAUCACCGUCACGGAUUUCGCUCCCGAUGUCUGCAAGGACUACAAGCAGACGGGCUUCUGUGGUUUCGGCGACAAUUGCAAGUUCCUACAUAGCCGAGAGGACUACAAGCAAGGCUGGCAGCUCGACAAAGAAUGGGAGAACGUGACAAAGGCAGUCGAAGACGACGACGAGGCGAUGCUCGAGAGCAUACCUUUCGUGUGCAUCAUCUGCAGGGAGUCAUACAAGGAACCGAUAGUGACGAGAUGCGGGCACUACUUUUGCGAAUCGUGCGCCCUCAAGAGAUUCAGGCGCGACCCAACAUGUGCGGCGUGUGGGUCAGGGACGAACGGAGUGUUCAACACGGCCAAGCGGCUCAAGAAGCUCUUGGAACGGAAACGGGAGCGGGCGGCAAAGAGGAGACAGGAGGCGCUCGAGGCUGGCGAGGAGGUCAGCGAGGAUGAAGAAGGCGGAGUUGAGGAUGACUCGACGUGA